CUUCUCCUCUGCAUCUUCACCUUUGCCAUGGUCCUGGUCCCUGAAGCAAAGGAUCAAAGCAAGGCAGCGAAGGGGAGGAGAAGGGGCCUGGCACGGCCCCCCACGGCCACCCCUGCCCUGGCCUGGGCCCUGGAUGACCCCUACACCUCCAUGGCAGACUACGAGCGCAGCAUCCAGGACAUGGUGCGCCAGCUGAGGAACAGCUCUGAGCUGGGAGACACCAAGUGCCAGGUCAACCUGCGGCUCUGGAGGUCCAACCGGAGGAGCCUGUCCCCCUGGGCAUACAGCAUAAACCAUGAUGCAACGCGGAUCCCAGCAGACAUUCCCGAGGCCCAAUGCCUCUGCACUGGCUGCAUCAACCCCUUCACGAUGCAGGAGGACCGCACCAUGGCCAGCAUUCCCAUCUACAGCCGGCUGCCUGUCCGCCGGCUGCUCUGCCAGGUGCCGGGUGAGUUGGGGCACAAGUCCUCCGGGAAGAAAUGUCACAAGAAGUACCAGAUGGUCAUGGAGACCAUCGCUGUGGGCUGCACCUGCAUCUUCUGA